AUGCACCGCCGCGUCGUCGCCGCCGCCGCCGCGCGCACGCGCACGACGUCAUCCUCGUCCUCGUCCUCGCCGCUCGCCGCGAGCGUCGUCGCGCGACGUUGGACGCCCGGACGUCCCGCGCAGCGCGCGACGCUCGCCACGCGAGCGAGCGCAACGAGCGAAGCGCCCGCGUUGAAUGCGUCGGGGGAGACGAACAAGGCGCUGGCGUGGAAGGCGGCGAUCGAUUUCAAGUUUGUGCGGGACAACGCCGAGUUGGUGCAAAAGAACGCGACGACGAGAAAGGUGGACGUGGAUGUGCAGGAAAUCAUCGCGAAAUACGAGGCGUUGAACGCGUUGAACUUUAAGUGCGAUGAACUUCGCGAGCGUCGAAACGCGAACGCGAAGAGCAUGAAGGGGAAGAUGGAUAAAGAGGUUCGGGACGGGUUGAUUGCCGAGGGCAAGGCGAUUAAGGACGAGCUCGCGGCGCUCGAAGGCGAUCUCGCCGGACUCGAGAGCGAGUUACAAACCAUGGCGCAGAGGUUGCCAAACUUGACACACCCGGAUGUGCCGAUCGGCAGCGAAGAAAAUACGGUGACUCGGGCGACGGUGGGUGAGCAGCGCGCGUUUACGUUUCCAGUGCAAAAUCACGUCGACGUCGGCGAAAAGCUUGGGAUGUUCGACUUCGAGACUGGAAGCAAGGUGAGUGGUAGUCGUUUCGUCUACCUCACCGGUGUUGGAGCUAUGCUUGAGUUAGCUCUGAUCAACUGGGCGUUCGCCAAGGUUUUGAGCAAAGGUUUCAAGCCCAUGAUGGUGCCAGACAUGGUGCGUAGCAGCGUGGUGGAGAAGUGCGGAUUCCAGCCGCGGGCAGAGAACACGCAAGUGUAUAGCAUUGAAAACUCCGAUCUCUGUAUGGCGGGUACGGCUGAACUAUUAUUGGGUGGAGUAUACAUGGAUGAAGUUGUGGAAGAAUCGCAACUCCCUAUCAAAAUGGCGGCCUUCAGUCAUUGUUUCCGCACUGAAGCCGGCGCCGCCGGCGCGCAGACUCGGGGCAUGUAUCGUUUGCAUCAGUUUAGCAAGGUGGAGAUGUUCGUCGUGGCCACGCCUGAGCAAUCUGACGCACUUCACGAGGAGCUCAUCGGCAUCGAGACUGAAAUGUUUGCAGAGCUCGGCUUCCACUUCAAAGUUUUGGACAUGCCCACGGAGGACUUAGGCGCACCGGCAUAUCGCAAAUUCGACGUCGAAGCGUGGAUGCCCGCGCUCGAACGGUACGGCGAAAUUUCGAGUGCCUCGAACUGCACGGAUUAUCAAGCGAGGCGGCUGAAUAUAAAGUACAGACCGAAUGCCGUCGAUGGCAAGAAGCAGCCGCUUAUGCACUGCCACACUCUCAACGCGACGGCGUGCGCGAUUCCUCGUAUGAUCGUCACCAUCCUCGAAAAUUUCCAGCAAGAAGAUGGAAGCGUCGUCGUACCCGAGCCGUUGCGACCGUACCUCGGUGGCAUGGAUGUUUUGCGUCCGGAAGAGGGGAAAUAG